AUGGAGAGCUUCCUGGAAGGCUGCAGGGCCGCCCUUCAGGAUCACGUUCAGAGCAAAAGGGCCGUUCACGUGGUGCUGGGCAACGAGGCGUGUGAUCUCGACUCCAUGAUAUCCGCCUUGGUCCUCGCCUACUUUUUGGCAAAGACCUCUCUGGACUCUGAGGCGGCCUUCGUUCCGGUCCUCAACAUCCCCCGGGUCGACUUCCCUCUUCGGACGGAGAGCGCCUUCCUUCUCCAUCAGCAACGUAUCCCCGAGAAAGUCCUCGUUUUCCGGGAUGAGAUCGACCUGGCGGGGCUGAACAAGGCCGGGCUGCUGUCCAUGACGCUGGUGGACCACCACAUCCUGCCCAGCAAAGACGCAGGGCUGGAGGCAGCCGUGGUGGAGGUGCUGGACCACCGGCCCCUGGAGUGGGAGAGGCCCCCUCCCUGCAGAGUGACGGCCGAGCUGGUGGGCUCCUGUGCCACCCUGGUGGCCGAGAGGCUCCUGCAAGCCGGGGUGCCAACUUUAGACAGCCAAAUUGCUGCUCUGCUGCACGGAACCAUCCUGCUGGAUUGUGUGAACAUGGCCGUCGAAGCCGGCAAAGUAACCCCCAAGGACGCCCGUUGCGUUUCUCGGCUGGAAUCCAUGUUCCCCGAGCUGCAGCCGAGAAACCAGGUCUUUGACGCUCUGCAGAGAGCCAAGUUUGACGUCUCAGGCCUCACCACCGAGCAGAUGCUGCGGAAGGACCUCAAAAGCCUGGCCAGCAAAAAAGCAACGGUGGCCAUUAGCGCCGUGUACGUGGCUCUCCAGGAUUUCCUGCACCGGCCUGGGCUGGAGCAGGAUCUGGCCGCUUUCUGUCACCAAAGAGGCUUCAGCCUGCUCGUCGCCAUGACCAUCUCCUUCGGGGACCGCAAGAAGCCGUUUCGGCAGCUCGCGGUGUUCAGUCAGCAGGGCCAACUCCAAGACGCGGUGAGUGGAAUCUCAACCCGAAUCCCUGACCCCUCGGCCAACCUCUCGGGCUGCUCCUCCGUCCGCGCCUACCAGCAGGCCAACACCACCGCCUCUCGCAAGAAAGUCCUUCCGAUCGUCCGGGAAUUUCUGACCCAGUGGGCCGGAGCCAGCCCGACCGGCCCCAGCAUGCAGCCGGCGGUCUCCAGUCGCGUCCCCCCGGCCAGGGUGGACUCCCAGGGCACCGGAAGCCGCGAUCCCUGCGGGGCCGCCAAGGAGCCCCCGAAGCCGCUCCGCCUGGGCGAGGACCCCGCCGAUGAAGACACCUUGCUGCCCCCCACCCCCAUGAACAGCCUGGUGGACGAGUGUCCCCUGCACCAGGGUCUGCCCGAAGUCUCGCCCGAGGUCAUCUUCGAGAGGGUCAACCGCAUAGCCACCGACCGCUCCUUGGGCAGACGCAGCCCGGAGAAGAAGUGA